AUGAAAGUCGCCCUCGUGACCGCAUCCUCGGCCGGCCUCGGCGCCGCCAUCGCCAGGUGCCUGGCCCCGGAGAUGCGCGUCGUCAUCAACUACGCCUCCAGCGCGGACCGGGCCGCACAGGUAAAAGCAGAGAUGGAAGCAAUCGCCGAGAAGUACAGCAGCAGCACCACCACCAGCAGUAGUAGCGAUGACGGUCCCCGCUUCGGCAUCAUCCAAGCAGACCUCGGCAAGCGCGGCGACAUCGAGCGCCUGGUCGCCGAGACUAUAGCGAUGAUGGGCAGGCUGGACGUCGUCGUCUCCAACGGCGGGUGGACGCGGGUUAGGGAGUUCCGCGACCUGGAUCAGAACGUCGACGAGGAGGACUGGGACCGGUGCUUCGACAUCAACGUCAAGAGCCAUCUGCACCUGCUGCACACGGCGCGGAAGUACCUCGACGAGGCCAAGGGCGCGUUUGUGACGAUUGCUAGUACCGCUGGAGUUAAGCCCAGUGGAAGCUCUAUUCCAUAUGCUGUCACGAAAGCGGCCCAGAUCCACAUGGUCAAGUGCUUGGCCCAAGCAGUUGGGCCCAAUAUCAGGGUGAACUCUGUUUCGCCCGGUCUGAUGAUGACGGAUUGGGCCAAGCAGUUCCCGCAAGACCGCCUUGAGGCUAUACGGAAAGCCAACCCGCUCCAACGGGUCGCAACUGUCGAGGAUGUCGCGGAGACUGUCAAGAUGGUUGUAAACAACAGCUCGAUGACCGGCCAGAACACAAUUGUCGAUGCGGGCUUCUCCGUAUGA